UCAUAAAGUUUCCUAAAAACCUGUUUCAUCAUCAGGGCAAAAGGAAAUACAGUAAUUUCUCAGAAAUAGUACUCAGACAUGAACACACACACACACACACACACACACACACACACUGCAGACUGAUAACAUUUGUAGUCACAUGUAUGUUUUCUUGUGUGAGAGCCUCGGGCAUCGGGUUCUGUGAGUGGUUUCUGGUAUAGCUGCUCCUGUAAGAUGUGAAUAUCAUUGUACUCAAACCAGCCCAUCUGGCACCAACAAUCAUGCCAUAGUCCAAAUCACUUAGAUAAAAUGUUUUCCCCAUUCUGAUGGCUGAUGUGAACAUUAACUGAAGUUCCUGACCCGUAUCUGCAUGAUUUUAUGCACUGCACUGCUGCCACAUGAUUGGCUGAUUAGAUAAUCGCAUGGAUGAUUGUUGGUGCCAGACGGGCUGGUUUGAAUAUUUCUGUAACUGCUGAUCUAUUGGGAUUUACACACACAACAGUCUCUAGAAUUUACUCAGAAUGGUGCCAAAAACAAAAAACAUCCAGUGAGCGGCAGUUCUGCGGAUGGAAAUGCCUUGUUGAUGAGAGAGGUCAACAGAGAAUGACCAGACUGGUUUGAACUGACAAUGUCUACGGUUGUGGGACGUGUGUUACUGCUGCAGUUGAUCGAUUAUCUGACCAGCCAUUACUUGAGCGACCCGCUGGUGACCCGUCUGUUGAACAGCAGUCGCGUGCAUAUCCUGCCAUCAAUGAACCCAGACGGCUUCGAGUCCUCUGCACGAGACUGCAUGUUCUCAAUUGGCCGGUAUAAUAAGAAUGGAGUGGACCUUAACCGAAACUUUCCAGAUGCGUUUCUGGCAAAUUCAGAGCGGGAAAGGGAGAAGGAGGUGAGAGCAGUGAUGGACUGGCUUAACACGGAAACAUUUGUCCUCUCAGCCAAUCUACACGGAGGAGCGGUGGUCGCUAGCUAUCCCUAUGACAACAGCAAUGGGGGAAGUGAGUUACAGGGUGGCAAGAGCGUGGCCCCUGACGAUGAUGUAUUUGUCCACCUGGCAAGAACCUACUCCUUCAGUCACACAGAGAUGCUUAAAGGAGACAGCUGUUAUGAUUCAAAGGACUUCACUGAUGGCAUCACUAAUGGAUAUUACUGGUAUCCUCUACCAGGGGGAAUGCAGGACUAUAACUAUGUGUGGGCACAGUGUUUAGAACUGACACUGGAAAUCUCUUGCUGCAAGUUUCCUCCAGAGACAGACCUUCCUGGUCUAUGGCAAGCCAACAAACCUGCACUACUGGCUUACAUGCAGCAAGUACACCUAGGUGUAAAAGGUGUAGUGAUGGACUUAAAUGGAAACCCGGUUCAAAAUGCUGUAGUCGAGGUGGAGGGGAGGAGAAAUCUUUGUCCGUUCAGGACUGAUCGUAACGGGGAAUACUACAGGUUACUUUUGCCCGGCAACUACACUAUCACGGUGACAUACCCAGGACACAAGACCAUCACACAAACCAUCUCUGUGCCGUAUGGUCCAGACACAUUCUCUGCUCUCACCCAGAACUUCCUCCUUCAAAAGAGUGACUACAGCACAACAGCAACACAACCGCCCCAGUGCUGCACCACUCCAAAUCAGAAAAACCCAGAGAACAACAGCGCCGCCCUGCUGCCCAGCACCCUCACUGCACUCACUGCCUUUACUCUUCAGAGACUGCUGCUGUGCUGAGAGCAAAGACUCUUUUCAAAUCUACAUCAAGCUCCUCUUUGCUUAACUUGCACAAUCAAACUUGUUUUGUUUUGUUUUGUUUUUUGUGCAAUAUACUGAGGCCAUAUCAUCGUCAAACCUUUUUACUUGAGAAAGAAAAUAGAUUCAAAUAAACAAUAUCUCAGAGUAACACUAUUAUUAUACUGUUGGUAGAAAGUUCAGUUUUCCAGUGAUAUUAGAAGUUAAUGUUGUAAAGUUAGAAAUGAAAAAAGGUGCCUGUGUAUCUGUUAUCAAUAGUGGAGGGCUGGUUGUCAAAACAAAACUAAAGAUGCUACGAUAGUGACUUAUGAAGAUUAUAUAUGUUGAAGGCAAUGCAUGUACAUGUAUGGUAUAUAAAUAUGGAUAUUUGUAUACAAAUCUAUAAAAUAUGUACCCAUUUUUUCGACUGCGCAAACAAACUACUCUCGAUUGUUUUGUUUUUUUGUUUGUUUUACAUUUUGAAGAUGGUGCAGAUAGUUUGACUAGCAAAUUACCUUAGUAAUAUACAUUUUAUGUUUAUUUGUCUUUUAUAUUAACAGUGUCUUUUUGCAGAUUUAUAUUUGUAAAAUGUAAAAAUGAAGAGUGAAACAACAAAGCCAAAAAAAAAAAAACAAAAACAAAUGGUGCCCUUUCUACCUCGCUCUAUCAAUCUCAGAUUAGAAAGACUGGCAGUGCCUUAAAUAAACCAUUAAGAAACA